AUGGCGGAACAAGAAUCGGAACAGCCACUGACGCUGGCCAUGGAAUUUCCUCGGGGCAAAGACCAGUACGCCCUCUCAGCCGUCAUUGGUGUGGCUGAGGCCGGCAUAAUGCACAGAGCAAAACACGUGAAUCCGGCUACCCGGGAUGAAGUCGCCGUUUCAAUCAAGAUUGUCAACGCAUACGAAAUCGAAGACAUCUAUUCUCUGGCUAGAGAAGUCCACGAAGCCGAAUCAUGCGACCACGAGAACAUGGUUAAGGUUCACUGUUCGUUCAAGAAUCAGGAUCAGCUCUGGAUUGUCAUGCCGCCGUUACCCAGGUUAUCUAUACGGUCCAUGAUUCGGUCCUCUUUUCCACGCGGCCUGCCGGAAAAUACUGUUGCUUUUAUCCUGAAAGAAACCCUGAAAGCUUUGAACUACAUGCAUGAGAAGAACAGGCUGCAUCAGAAUCUCGGCGCUGACUGCCUCUUCCUGGACGGCACAUCCAGGGUUAAAGUUGCGUUUCGUUCCCUUACAUAUGAUCAGAGUAGUAAUGAUCUCAAUUCCAGCGUUUUUCCAGAUUGGAUGAUCGCCCCAGAAUUGAUGAUUGAUUACAGAAAGGGGCAAAGCAAAGCCACAGAUAUAUGGAUGUUUGGAUUGCUGGCGCUGGAAUUGUUUUAUGGCCGGAUUCCAGCCUCUAAUUUUGAGGAAUUUCAGUUGUUGGUCUUGGGGAUUGAUGACAAAUUUAGGAUGUUGAAAAAGAAUAGAGGGGUUGUGGGUUCGGGAUUGUUUGGUAAAAUUGGGGUUUUCUCAUGUUUUAGCACCAAAGAUAAGAAGAACAUCUCGAAGCCAUUGGGAGAAGUCUUGGCUGCGUGUCUUUCCAGGGAACCAAAGAAGAGGCCGACGACAAAUCAGCUGAUGGAGUACAAGCUGUUCCAGAGGUGCUUUACAGAGAAGGAGAUCAGUUUGGCAAAACUAAAGAAGGCCUGUACAAACUACUGA